CCUGCCGCUCCCGCUCGCUCGCGCUUCUGCCGCCGCCGCCGCCGCCAUCUUGUCUCCCCCCGCGGCGGGCUGAGAGAGGCCGCCCCCUCCCCCAGGAGCGGACCCGGGAGAGACCCGCCCGCUCCCCUCCCCCCCCGUCCUCGUCGCCGCCUCCCGCGCGGCCCGGCGAGGAACGGGGCGAUGCUAUAACCGGAUGCCUGGCUCCUCGGAACUGCCUCUGUUUCUGCCUCCCUUGUGCCGGAUGGAAUCCGGCCACUGACGGCGUGGGAGCACCCCUGCCACACUUUCCGAGCACCGGGUGGCCAGCCUCGCACCCCUUCCUCCCCUUCCUCCCCCCUCCCCUCCUGGAAUGCUCUAUGUGCCUUGCUCUGCCUCUUGCAGGACAGCGCCCGGUGGCAUUGGGGCGACCCACUGAAGCGGGCACGCUCAAGGUACUCUUUGCUGCUGCUGCAGGCUCCCUUGAGGUCACAUGUCUUUUCUCCAGGAGAUUUGGGAACCCGCGUUUGGGUGCAGAGGUGAACUCAUUUGUACAGAGCAAGUCUGAUUGUGACCGUCACCCUGGGACAGCAUGUCGGGCCCGGUACCAAGUCGAGCGAGAGUCUACACGGAUGUCAACACCCAGAGGCCUCGCGAAUAUUGGGACUACGAGUCACACGUGGUGGAAUGGGGUAACCAAGACGACUACCAGCUCGUGCGGAAACUCGGUCGUGGCAAGUACAGCGAAGUCUUUGAAGCCAUCAACAUCACGAACAAUGAGAAAGUGGUGGUGAAAAUCCUUAAGCCAGUAAAAAAGAAGAAAAUAAAGCGUGAAAUUAAGAUCCUGGAAAACCUCCGAGGUGGCCCCAACAUCAUCAACCUUCUAGACAUCGUCAAGGACCCCGUGUCUCGGACACCCGCCCUGGUUUUUGAACAUGUCAACAACACAGAUUUUAAGCAAUUGUAUCAGACACUUUCAGAUUUUGAUAUUCGAUUCUACAUGUAUGAAAUCUUGAAGGCUCUGGAUUACUGCCACAGCAUGGGGGUCAUGCACCGGGACGUCAAGCCACACAAUGUGAUGAUCGACCAUGAGCACCGGAAGCUGCGCCUGAUCGACUGGGGACUGGCAGAAUUCUACCACCCGGGACAAGAGUACAAUGUCAGAGUGGCUUCCCGGUACUUCAAGGGACCGGAGCUUUUGGUGGAUUACCAGAUGUAUGACUACAGCCUGGACAUGUGGAGCCUGGGCUGCAUGUUGGCCAGCAUGGUCUUCCGUAAGGAGCCUUUCUUCCAUGGCCACGACAACUACGACCAGCUGGUGCGGAUCGCCAAGGUGUUGGGCACCGAGGAUCUCUACGACUAUAUCGACAAGUACAACGUGGAACUGGACCCCCGCUUCAACGACAUCCUGGGCAGGCAUUCCCGCAAGCGAUGGGAGCGCUUUGUGCACAGCGAGAACCAGCACUUGGUGAGCACCGAGGCUCUGGACUUCCUGGACAAGCUCCUGCGCUACGACCACCAGACGCGGCUGACGGCCCGCGAGGCCAUGGAGCACCCCUACUUCUAUCCGAUUGUGAAGGACCCAGCCAGGCUGGCCUCCUCCACUGUCCUCUCCUCGUCUAACACACCUGUCAGCUCCUCCAGCAUGUUGGCAGGAAUCGCCUCCAUGUCAGCCUCCCAGCCGAUGGGCAGCUUGGCCGCCUCCCCCGUCAUCGCCUCUCCGAAUGCGCUGGGAUCGCCAGUCCCCGCUGCCGCCGGAGCUCAGCCCUGACCACCAGAAAGCCACCUCCGGCUUUGAGCACCGCCGAGGCCUCAGCCGUGCCCCUCUCCUCCUCCUCCUCCUCCUCCUCACCUCACCUGCCCGCCUCUGCAUGGCGCUACCGACGCCCAGGGCGGGCAGGAGGACAGCCAGGCGUGGCAGGCGGAAGAGUCCCGCGUCUGGAUCCCACAUUCUUUUGUUUGUUUGUUUCUGUUGAGUAUGUCGAGGAGCCACGUUCCGGCUGCUGCUGCUGCUGCUACUGCUGCUCUUCCGCCUCCUCUCCUCAGUGGGGCCACAAAGGCAGACUCUGAUUCCAGGCAGAGGCUUCUUCUUCUCCUCUGGGGUGGUUUGUGUCGAGUCCCGUCAGCUGCAUUCUUCCCAUGAGGGUCGUGGUUAGUGAUGCAACUACAGUGUAGACACCUGAACGGAGAAUAAAAUUUAUUUUCUAUGUCCCUAAAAGGGGCAGGUGUUGGGCCCUGCUUCUUCCGGAGGGAGGUGAUGCCAGAAUGCAGGGGGGACCGACCCUGGCCACUUUUAAGGUGGGGGGUGGGGUGUUCAGCUCCCAGAAUUCCCCAGCCAGCCAUGGAAGCUUCCAGCACCACUGUGGCUGGGGGAUUCUGGGAGUGGAAGUCCACCAGCCUUAAAGUGACCAAGGGUGGGGACUUCUACCGUAGCAGACAGAGGUGGAUGCUUUGAGGCUUUUUGGGUGGUGGGGUCAAGAGACCAGCACUAGAAAUGGAACACACGCAUUCCGGAAUUUUGCCCUCCUCUCUGCUUCCAGGCCUGGUCUUUGGUUCCUGUGGGUUGGGCCCAGGGAAGGAAGGUUCCUUUUUUCACUCCGGUGAUUUCCAGGGAGCGCUUGGGCGACCUUCUGCAGGGCAGGUGGGGCGGCCUGAGCCCUUCCCACACUUGAGGGCUGGGGAGGAAGGGUAGGCGAUGGCCCCUUUCCCGUCUUUCAGUUGGAAGCUGGGGCCAUGGAGGGGGGAUUCCUUGGGGUGCCAACCCUGCAGCUCAGGAGGUUGUGAACUUGGGGAGCAAGACGGACCCCCUCAGGUUGUCUUGGCAGCAAAUCUGGAGUCUGCCCCUGUCAGGAGUGGGACGCAGCGGUGAGUUCCUUCAGUCUGCAAACACUUGGUCCUCAUCUUACAAUCGCAAUUGAGCCCACGGUUUCCGUGGUUUGUCUCGUAGUCAGCUAGAGGGAUCAGGAUAGAAACCACUGGACAUGGAUCCGAAGACAGAGAAGGGGCGAGGAGGGAGGUCUGCAGAGCCCCGUAACUGAAAAGCUCUCUCAUCGCUUCCUGCCUCGGGUGGUCUAGGGCAGGGGUCUCCAACCUUGGCAAUUUUACGACUGGUGGGCUUCAACUCCCAGACUUCGCUGGCUGAGGAAUUCUGGGAGUUGAAGUCCACAAGUCCUAAAGUUGCCAAGGUUGGAGACCCCUGGUUUUAGGGCAUCCUCCCUGCGUGCUGUCGGGCUUUGGAUGUGGCAGAUGUAAAUGGAGACCCCCUCUGGGGCUUAAUUCAUACAGUCGUUGGCCAGUUCACAAAGCCGAUCCCUGAGCCUCUCACAUAACCAGUCAGAGCAUUUACUGACCUGUAAGCCGCUGCUCUUCCUUCGUGGAACAAAAGCUAAACGGUGUUGGGUCAUUGGAAAAGGACUCCCAGCAGACCCCGCUCUCUCGCUCCUGCUUGGAUGUGGUUCGUGGCUCCCACUUCCCCGGUCCUUGGUUCGAGGGAUGGCCUGGCUUACUGCGGGGAAUGUUUUAACGAAACCUCCUAUCCUGCGCCUGGAAGGGGAGCUCUUCGCUCCAGGGUGUUGCUCAGUGCAGAAGCUGCCCAGGCCUUUUGGAGAGACAGCUGGCUGGUGUCUGUGUGGGAAGUUCUCUGGCAGAGCCACUAGCACUGAUGAUGUUACAACUUUGGGUAAUGAAACGUCUUCGAGAAAACAACCAAACUCCGAGAGCACCAAGGACCCACACAGCCUUUCUUCCCUCCCUCCCUCCCUCCACAAAUUCCACUCCCUUCCAAUGCUGAUGAUGUUACUAUGUGGGGCAAUGAAAUGUCUUCAAGACAACAUUCCGGUUCAGAGAGUAACACGGAUCCCUCCCCUGAAUCGACUUCCUUGUUUCUGAUCAUGUUCUUUUGAGGUGGCAAAGUUUGUUCCUUCCUCUAGCACAAUCUUUUCGAUAUCUGAAGAUGGCUGUCCUAUAACCGAAUAUCUCUUGCAGGCUAACUAUGCCCAGUUCCUUUUGCUGUCCUUCACCAGAUAAAGAGAACAAAGCCUAAAAUGCAGAAAGAAAAGGAAGAAAAAAGAAAUAUGAAGAAAUCACUUGCGAUGUAAACCUUUAACUGACCUCUUGUUCUGUGGCUAUGAUACACCUUUCACUUUUUUGCGUCUUUUUUUAAAAAAAGAUUUAAUCAAACCCGUCUAUCCUGAUUACAUUUUUUUUUUCUGUUUCACGGAAAACCUCCAGAAGGUGUUUCGUCAACUGUGCUUUGAUGAGGCUCAAGUUAUGGGUAGCUGAUCCCCUUUGUGUGGCCCCCUUUGAAUAAAAACUCAGCCGGGAAUCUUAUUCUAACCAAACCACUAGAAAAUGUUUUUAAAAAUCCUGUUUGAAGCCGGUUCUCUGGGUGGCCGAGUCUUGUCACUGAUGUAUUUAUAACAGAAUUGGAAGAGAUCUUGGGGGCCUUCUAGUUCAACCCCCUUGCUUAGGCAGGAGACCUUACAUCAUUUCAGACAAACGGUUUUCCGAUAUCAUAAAAACCUCCAGUGUUGGAGCACCCACAACUUCUGGUGGCAGACUGCUCCCCUGGUUAAUUGUUCUGACUUGAUUGGUUUCCAUCCAUUGCUUCUUGUCUUGCCUUCGGGUGCCUUGGACCUAUAAGAGGAUUUUUUUAGAGUGCUUGAUCUAAGACCGCAACACCAGACAGAUCUUGGAAGAUGUAGCCCUUGCCUUCUCUUGUGGUCUGAUCCUCUUUGCCUUUGUAUCUUAGAAACCAAUCCCAGAAACAAAAGAGGCGCUCAAAGUAAAUUUAUUCAAGAGAAUCGAGAUUGAUUGAGUUAUGUCCCGAGGCGCCUGGGGCCUGGCUUCACACCCUGUUCCUGGAACCCUCCACCUCGCACAGGGCCAGGGAUACCGUGUGGACGGUGACGGUGAUGUAGUGUCCCACUUGACCGUUGCAGGAGAUGGUGCUGAUGGAGCCCAGGCGGGUAUCGGUGAUGGUCCCACAGCUGUUGGAAGGAGAAAACGGAGGAACCCCUCCCAUGGUUUGUCAUGGUUCAGAAAGAGCGGAUCAGAAGAGCAGUUAAUGUGUUCCUACAAACGGUUACACGUCUAGUUGGGAAAUGUCUCCUCGGGACAUUUCAAGGCCCCUUGGAUGAACUCGGGGCAGCCCCAGCAGAAGAGGCUUCCUUAGAUAUCGAACUAUAACAUCUAACCCGUUGCAAGUCUGGCCCCAUAUUAUGGUGAUUUUAUUAGUUUUAUUAUAAUUUUUAUUUAUCUCCUACUUUUAGGCGAUUUAGAUAUUGCAUAUAAAAUUGUACAUAGUAAUGUUUUACCUGUAAAUGACUUUUGUAGUUUUAGCCAUAAUGUAAUGUGUGAACAGCUGUGCUUUAAACUUAAUGUAAACUGCUCUAAACACGAUUAUAAAAAAUUUGAGUUUUGUAA